AUGGCCAAUGUCGAUGUGAUAGAUCCAUUUCAGGUCAGUGCCGUCAGCAACGGGGAACCGAACGGCCACCAGUAUCUGGAACAAACACCAUCCACCUCGAAAUUGAAAGAGGCUGUAGUGGUCGUCAAGGAGAGUUAUCCAGCAGCUUCCCCGAAGGAGGAGCUGAACGGCGAUAUACAUUCAGAGCACCGCGCUGCCAACGUCCUCCAUGAAGCAUAUCCCAAGUCCAAUGUGCAGCUUCCGGACCAUCACAUUGACGACGCCAGAAGCCUGAAAGUCGUCAUCAUCGGCGCGGGACUCUCUGGCAUUCUCGCUGGGAUAUUGCUGCCGGUCAAGGUGCCAAAGCUGGAACUGACGAUCCUCGAGAAGAACGACGACGUGGGCGGCACUUGGCUGGAGAAUGUGUAUCCGGGGGUCAGAUGUGACAUCCCCGCCCACGUCUAUCAGUCGACGUUCACGCCAUACACCCAAUGGUCGCAGCAAUUUGCCGAGGGCCACGAGAUCCUGCGAUACUGGCAAACCCAGGCCAAGAAGUACGACGUGUACAAGUAUGUGAAGUUCGGCCGUCGCGUGCAGGACGUGGACUGGAACGACGACGACGCCCAGUGGACCAUCACCGGCGUGAAUCCCACGACGGGAGAGUCGUUUGAAGAAAAAGCCGACUUUGUGUUGCCGGCCAUUGGUCGAUUCAACGACUGGAAACUCCCUUCUUACCCGGGAGUGUCAGAUUACCAGGGCCAUCUUCGACAUACCUCGAAUUGGGAUCCCUCGUUCGAUGCCACCGGGAAGAAGAUCGCUAUCAUCGGCAACGGCGCCAGCGGCAUCCAAGUCCUGCCCAAUCUACAGCCGAUCGCCCAACACAUCGACCACUACGCCCGGAGCAGGACGUGGAUCGCCGGGUCCUGGGCUGGCGACGAGCGCACCUUCGAGCCGCAGUGGUACUCCGAGGAGCAGAAAAAGGAAUUCCUCGACCCGGCCAAAUACCUCAAGUUCCGCAAGGCGUUGGAGGACAAGUACUGGCGCCGGUUCCCUUCGACGUUCCGCGGGUCGGAGCAGAACAUCAAGAUGCGCGAGCGUUUCAUCGAGAUCAUGGCUCAGCGGCUGGCCAGGAAGCCCGAGCUGCUGGACCUUCUCGUCCCGGACUUCAGUCCCAACUGUCGUCGCCUCACCCCGGGGCCGGGCUACCUCGAAGCCCUGACCGCCGACAACGUCACGUUGAUCCAGGACCCCAUCAGACGCUUCACCGCGACGGGGAUCGAGACGGUGACGGGCGAACACCGUGAAGUGGACGCGAUCCUCUGCGCGACGGGGGCUGCCAUUGACUUUGUGCCCCCCUUCAACGUGCGAGCUCGCGGGGUGAACCUUCGGGAGGCGUGGAAGCCGCUGUCCCAGGGCGAAAAGGCCGACGCGAGCCAUUUCGGCUGGCCGUACACGUACCUGGGCCUGGCUGUGCCGAACAUACCCAACCUGCUCUUCAUCCACGGUCCGCACGGGGCAGGGCCGUCCGGGACGGUGCCGCACAGCGUCGAGGUGCAGGUGACGUACUACGCCAAACUGCUGCGCAAGGUGUCGACGCAGGGCAUCAAGGCCAUGUGGCCAUCCAGGCAGGCAGCCGACGACUUCGUCGCGUACGCCGACGCCUUCUUCCCGACCACCGUGCUCACGGACAACUGCAGCUCGUGGGCCAACGGCGGCAAGCCUGGCGGCCGCGUGCACGGCAUCUGGCCCGGCAGCGCGGGACACGUCACCCUGGUACGCAAGGAGCCGCGCUGGGAGGACUGGGAGUACGAGUACCGGCACGAGAGCGGCAAUCGGCUCAUCGGUUGGUUCGGCAACGGCUGGACCAAGAAGGAGAGGGACGACGGCGAGGACAUGACGGCCUAUCUGCAGCUCGAGGGCACGGUAGAUCUCAGGCUGCUGCACGAGAAAUGGUGGGAGUAG